AUGUGAAAGAGAAGAAUGGUAAGAAGUGAAGAGGAAGUGUGUUGAAGAGGGAAGUGAGGAAUCUUUUGAAGGAAGAAGAAGAGGAGAGUGGUGUAGUGAGGUGAAGUGUUGGUGGGUUUUUGCUGGUUCAGAUUUCUUCAUUAUCAUGAAGGGGAUCAUAGUCUGACUAGUUAUUUGGGAGGAAACUGGACAUGAGUAUGCUUGUGGGGAUAUGCUCGAACCGCGUGAAUCUGAUAUUCCUGUCCUGUUUCUGGUCCUUGUUGUACUUCCUUUGGUGGCUUACAUCUUACUUGGAAAAUGGAGUGAGACUGCGAAGAAGAGAAAUAGGAUAACUUUGCUUGCUCAAUUGGCUUCUGAAGAAGCUCUGAAAGCAGAAGACAUGGCUGUUGCAGACAUAAUUCCUCAAGUGUCUCAAGUGUCUUCUUCAAAGAGUGAACUUCAUGAGUGUGCUAGAUGCUCUGCUCCAGCGAGAACGCGUUGCUCCGGAUGCAAGUCUGUUAGAUAUUGCUCUGGGAAUUGUCAAAUAAUCCAUUGGAGGCUAAUUCAUAAGCAAGAAUGCCAGCAAUCAGAGAUUCAUAAGUCAAGCUCGUUUCCGCUGGGUCUUUCUGUUGAGAACUUUGGUUAUGGGAGUGGCUUUUAUGACAAUUUAAACAACCAGUUAUUCAGUCACAACUCCAGACUAACAUUCAGGGAAAGUGCACCUUUGGACAAUUUGGUACAACCUCAUAUAGGCACUGGUGAUUCUGCUACAGUGGAUUUUUCCCUAUUUAAUAAUUCUCAACCUUCCACUUUUGAGAGAAGAACUUCCCAUAAAUCCAACAGAGAAACAUGGAGAAGAGAUAACGGGUCUAUAUAUGAAUCUUCGAUUGAAUCUUCUGAUUAUAAAGCUACUAAUUCUCCCUCUUCGAGUGUAGUAUCAAAGGAAGCGUUUAUUAGACAAAAGUCAAGAAAUAACAAUGAUACUAUGAUGGAGGAAGAAACUUCAAAGGCCAAUCCCAGUGGCUUUGGAGUUUAUAUUUAUGAACAAAAUGCAUUAAGAAGCACCAUCCCUGAGGAUGACAAUUAUCGAAAUCAAUAUGAAAAUGCAUUUGUACCAGGAAAUAAAUAUGAAAGCCCAAGUAACUCAUGUGCUGCAAAUAACAAUGGAUGUGUAGAUGAAUUUGAAUCCGACAUUGCUACCAAAGGAGGUAAUGUAGUCAAAGGUGGAAAUUAUCAUUCUGACGAAUCAGCACAAUACAAAUGCUCAUCUGAAAUGACAAUUAAAGGAACUCCUAAGACUAAAAAGAUAUCACAUCCUCCCAAGGCCAAAUGUUCUAAACCAGUGAAGUCUACAUCCAAGACAUCAACAGACUUGUGUUGCCCUAACAUAGAGAAGAAAGGGAGGAUUGCAGAUGAACCAAAAGUUGCCAGAACCCGAGAUACCUUUCCUUUACAUGGUACCAAUGGGGCUGCAAGCACUGGAAUUAUGAAAAUGAUGGGUUUGGGGAAAUCAACAAAACAUUCUGCAGUGGCCUUCUCAGAAGUCAAUGGAGUAAGGUACAAGAAGGUAAAGAAGAUAAAGAUGUUGUUUCCUUAUGAUGAAUUUGUAAAGAUUUUUCAGAGUGAAGUCUUUGGCAUAUGUCCCAGGGGCCUUUUAAAUUGUGGGAACAGUUGCUAUGCCAAUGCUGUCUUGCAGUGCUUAACUUCUACAAAGCCUCUUCUCAUCUACUUGCUUUAUAGAUCACAUUCAAGAGCCUGUUGUGCUAAAGAUUGGUGUCUCAUGUGCGAGUUAGAGCAGCACAUAAUGAUUUUGAGAGAAAAUGGGGCUCCUUUAUCUCCUAGUAGGAUACUUUGGCAUAUGCGAAGCAUUAACAGUCACAUGGGUGAUGGAAGUCAGGAAGAUGCCCAUGAAUUUUUAAGGCUUCUAGUUGCAUCAAUGCAAUCGAUAUGCUUGGAGGGUCUUGGUGGUGAGAAAAAGGUUGAUCCUAGACUACAAGAAACAACUUUCAUACAACAUACUUUUAGUGGUCGUCUUCAAUCCAAGGUUAAGUGUUUGAAUUGUGAUCAUGAGUCAGAAAGGUAUGAGAACAUUAUGGACCUAACAUUGGAGAUAUUGGGUUGGGUUGAGUCCUUGGAAGAUGCACUGACUCAGUUUACAUCCCCUGAAGAUUUGGAUGGAGAAAAUAUGUACAGAUGUGGAAGGUGCACUGCAUAUGUCCGAGCUAGAAAGCAACUGAGCAUACAUGAGGCUCCUAACAUCUUGACUAUUGUUCUGAAGAGAUUUCAGGAAGGAAGAUAUGGGAAAAUUAACAAGUGCAUAACUUUUCCUGAAAUGCUGGAUAUGAUUCCUUUCAUGACUGGGACUGGUGAUAUUCCCCCGCUUUACAUGCUUUAUGCUGUUAUUGUGCACCUGGAUACACUAAAUGCAUCUUUCUCCGGACAUUAUAUUUCAUAUGUGAAAGAUCUUCAAGGAAAUUGGUUCAGGAUAGAUGAUACUGAGGUUCAGCCAGUGCAAAUUAAUCAGGUGAUGUCAGACGGAGCAUAUAUCUUAUUCUACAUGAGGUCUUGUCCCCGCCCUCCUGUAGAACAGACCAGGAAAGCCGUGCAGCAAUCAGUUUCUGAUUCUUCAAAGCACUAUCCGUUAGAAGUGCAGACGCCUUGUAAACCAGGACAUAGUAGACAUGGCAGUCAAGGUUCUCUCCCACAGCCUUUGCCUGUUGCCAGACCAGAAAUUGCCACUAGCCUUAUUGACACCUCGAAUGGCUUCCUUACAAGUAACACCAAUAGAAAUAUCCAUCCAGUAACACAAACUUAUGCUGAAAAAGUGAGGCAUGAGUUUUCAGAUGCUACAUCAAGUGAUUGGUCCCUUUUCACAAGCUCAGAUGAGGCUUCUUUCACCACUGAGAGUACUAGGGACUCCUUCAGCACUGUAGACUAUGGCGACAAUAUGGAUCCAAUUUCAGCUAUCUUCAAUUACACCCCUGAAAACUCCUUGAUGAAGUUUUCACAUAGUAGGCCACUUACCAGAUUCAUCCCUGAGAAGGGUCAUGUUUAACAAGUUCAGAGAAUUAAUCAAUCUAACAGAAUCAGCUAUUAUUCAAUUGAACAUCCACCAAAUGGGAAUUGUGGCAUGCAUAGGCAAUCCUGUGUGGUAUUUUACCCGGAGUUCUAGUUAAGUUUGAACUCUAGUCCUUAGAGAAUCCUAACUGAUCAAGAACUUCUUUCACAAAAUGGUGUCUUAAUUUCCUAUCCCACUGAUGAAAUCUUGCCAUGUCAACUAAAAAAGACAAGAGUGAGGCAGUCGCAAACUUACAUGGUAGUUUUUAAUUGACAUGUCAAUUUUAUUGGUGGGACAGGAAAUUGAGACAUCAUUUGGAAUAGAAGAUUUAAAUCCAAUCCUAACCGGUUGAAAUGAUAGUUAGAUGGAGUAGGAUCUAUGCCUCAAAGUUUUCAAUAUUUAGUUGAUUGAGGCAUAUAGCUCUUUUAAGCACAUAUGUAUUUUCCUUUUUAUUUGUAUUGAUAAUUGUAAAGAUGACGGCAGUGUUCCUUUGGUUUCCAAUUAAUCGAUGAAGUCUUUUCCUCUUGGUA